AUGGAGGCCGAGAACAUCCCGACGGAAGAAGUGGUGGAAAUCGAGUACGUGCAGAAGUACCUGGCGCCUCAGCCCCAGGAGUGCAUCUUCCACGACGACUGGAUCAGCGCCGUGCAGGCCGCCGAGGAAUGGAUAUUAACUGGCUCCUACGACCAGACUGCUCGGAUCUGGUCUUUGGAAGGCAAAUCCAUUAUGACAAUAGCUGGUCACACGGACGUAGUGAAGGACGUGGCAUGGGUAAAACAAGACAGCUUAUCAUGCCUGUUACUCAGUGCUUCUAUGGACCAAACUAUCCUGCUCUGGGAGUGGAAUGUGGAGAGAAACAAAGUGAAAGCCCUGCACUGCUGCAGGGGCCAUGCUGGCAGCGUGGACUCCAUAGCAGUUGACUGCACAAGAACUAGAUUCUGCAGUGGAUCUUGGGAUAAGAUGUUAAAGAUCUGGUCUGCAGUACCUACAGAUGAAGAGGAUGAAAUGGAAGAGGCAGCUAACAGACCACGGAAAAAGCAGAAAACUGAACAGUUGGGACUCACAAGGACCCCCCUCACAACCCUGUCUGGCCACACAGAAGCCAUCUCUUCUGUGCUGUGGUCAGAUGCUGAAGAAAUCUGCAGCGCAUCCUGGGACCACACCAUCAAACUGUGGGAUGCUGAGACAGGAGGUGUCAAAUCAACUUUGACAGGAAACAAGGUGUUUAAUUCUGUCUCCUACUCCCCGCUGUGUCGACGCUUGGCGUCUGGGAGCACUGACAGACAUAUUAGACUGUGGGAUCCUCGCAGCAAAGAUGGCUCCUUGGUCCUCCUAUCCCUGACCUCUCACACAGGCUGGGUGACAGCUGUGAAGUGGUCCCCCACCCAUGAGCACCAGCUGAUUUCAGGUUCUCUGGACAACAUCGUGAAGCUCUGGGACACAAGGAGUUGCAAAGCUCCUCUGUACGACUUGGCUGCCCAUGAAGACAAGGUUUUGUGUGUGGACUGGACAGAAGCAGGGUUGCUCCUGAGUGGUGGUGCAGACAACAAACUGUACUGCUACAAAUACCCAGCCGUAACCUCUGAUGUUGGAGCAUGAAGGUCAACAGCCAGAAGAUUUGUAAAAUAUACUUUGCAGCAGUCCCUCUUUGUUGGCAUCCCUCUACAACUUACAUCUGAAGACAAGAGUUUCCUGUAGCACAGAGAGCUUUUUUUUGUAUUAGUAACCUAUAUCCUUAUAUAAAGGAGGAAGGGCAACAAGCAGCUUUGAACAAGGUUUGUGUG